AUGGAAGACGUUGAAAAUCAUCCACAAGCCGGCGCUUGGGCUUCGGACAAAUGCCGUAGGUUCAAAGCAAGACUAGGCCCUGUUCGAUUGAACUUCAAUCCCGUCGUGGCAAUUGCGGCUGGCGUGCUAAUAUGGGGAUUUUUAACAUGGUGUAUCACGGACCCAGAACGAACGUCGGAUUACAUGAUCAGUGCAAAGAAAUGGAUUACCGCAAAUUUCACUUGGUUUUACAUUGGAGUUGUAAAUAUUUGGCUUGUCUUUCUACUUAUGGUGUAUUUCUCGGACGCUUGCGACAAGAAGCUAGGCAGGGAUGACGAGGAACCGGAGUUUAGCGAUGGAACGUAUUUCACAAUGCUCUUUGCGGCUGGCGUUGGGAUUGGCCUCUUCUACUUUGGGGUUGCUGAGCCUGUUUGGCACUAUGCACCAGGAAAAGCAUACGGGAAUCGCUUUUGGGGAAGGUAA